GUACUGUGCGGACUCAGUGCGCCGGAAGUAGCUGAUAGGAGCAGCACACAGGCGGAAGAAAGGCUGACUGAGUGGUAAACUGACUGAAUGUAAAAGAUGUCUGUGAAGAGGAAAGCAGACGGAGCGGUCCCGGCGGAGGAGAGCGACCAGCUUCUUAUCAGACCCCUGGGAGCUGGACAAGAAGUUGGAAGAUCAUGUAUUAUUUUAGAAUUCAAAGGAAGAAAAAUUAUGCUGGACUGUGGUAUUCACCCUGGCUUAGAAGGAAUGGAUGCCCUCCCAUAUAUUGAUUUGAUUGAUCCUGCAGAGAUUGAUUUACUUCUAAUUAGUCAUUUCCAUUUGGAUCAUUGUGGAGCUCUACCUUGGUUCCUCCAGAAGACCAGCUUUAAAGGCAGAACUUUUAUGACACAUGCCACUAAGGCGAUAUACCGAUGGCUUCUUUCUGAUUACGUAAAAGUCAGUAAUAUUUCUGCAGAUGACAUGCUGUAUACAGAGACUGACUUGGAGGAAAGCAUGGACAAAAUUGAGACCAUCAAUUUCCAUGAAGUGAAAGAAGUAGCUGGAAUUAAAUUCUGGUGUUACCAUGCUGGCCAUGUUUUGGGAGCUGCUAUGUUUAUGAUAGAAAUUGCAGGUGUCAAAUUGCUAUACACUGGUGAUUUCUCCAGACAAGAGGACAGACAUCUAAUGGCAGCUGAAAUCCCAAAUAUCAAGCCAGAUAUUCUCAUUAUUGAAUCUACAUAUGGCACACACAUACAUGAAAAGCGCGAGGAGAGGGAAGCACGUUUCUGUAACACUGUGCAUGAUAUUGUAAACCGAGGAGGACGAGCCCUUAUCCCUGUGUUUGCUCUGGGGAGAGCACAGGAGCUUCUGUUGAUAUUGGAUGAAUACUGGCAGAACCAUCCCGAGCUCCAUGACAUCCCUAUCUACUAUGCAUCUUCCCUGGCAAAGAAAUGUAUGGCUGUCUACCAGACCUAUGUCAAUGCCAUGAACGACAAAAUCCGCAAGCAGAUCAACAUCAAUAACCCCUUCGUCUUUAAACACAUCAGCAAUCUCAAGAGCAUGGAUCAUUUUGAUGACAUCGGGCCCAGUGUGGUCAUGGCCUCCCCUGGUAUGAUGCAGAGUGGUCUGUCUCGCGAGCUGUUUGAGAGUUGGUGUACGGACAAGAGAAAUGGAGUCAUUAUCGCUGGAUACUGUGUAGAAGGCACCCUGGCAAAACAUAUCAUGUCUGAGCCUGAGGAAGUCACCACCAUGUCUGGACAGAAACUGCCUCUAAAGAUGUCUGUAGAUUACAUCUCAUUCUCAGCACAUACAGACUACCAGCAGACCAGUGAGUUCAUCAGGGCCCUCAAACCUCCCCAUGUGAUCUUGGUACACGGGGAACAGAAUGAAAUGGCCCGUCUUAAAGCUGCAAUUAUCCGGGAAUAUGAGGACAAUGAUGAAGUUGAUAUUGAGGUUCACAACCCCAGAAAUACAGAGGCAGUGUCUCUAAACUUCAGAGGAGAGAAGCUAGCUAAGGUGAUGGGCUGUCUCGCAGAUAAGAAACCAGAACAGUCUCAAAGGAUUUCGGGAAUCCUUGUUAAGAGAAACUUUAACUAUCACAUCCUUUCUCCAAAUGACCUUUCCAGUUAUACUGACUUGGCCAUGAGCACUGUCACCCAAACGCAAGCCAUUCCAUAUACUGGCCCCUUUAAUCUGUUAUCUUACCAGCUACAGCAGCUCACAGGAGAAGUGGAUGAGAUGGAAGGUAAUGAGAAGGACUGUUUAAGAGUCUUUAAAGCAAUCUCUGUGAUAAAGGAGCACGGCAUGGUGAUGCUGGAGUGGGUGGCCAAUCCAGCGAAUGACAUGUAUGCUGACACUGUUGCCAGUGUCAUCCUGGAACUGCAGUCCAACCCCCGGACACAUAAAGCUAUAUCACACAGACCUAGUAAAGAAGUUGACAAGGAAGCCUACUACAAAAGACUGGAGAUCAUGCUGCAGGAUAUGUUUGGUGAGGAGUGUGUGAGUAAUACCAAUGACUCCACCAUCACCGUGACUGUGGAUGGUAAGACAGCUGUCUUGUCUGUGGAAACAAGGACUGUGGAAUGUGAGGAAGGACUGGAUGAAGAUGAGACACUGCGGGAAUUGGUACAGUUGGCAGCACAGAGAUUAUAUGAUGCCCUUAGCCCAGCAAACCUUUAAUGUCACAUGAUCUAUGUUUAAUUUUGAAAUCCUUUAACUUAAAUUUUGCUUUUCUUGCAUAUUUUUGUAUGUAUGUGAGGUUUAUGAACCAUCCUGUAAAUCAUCAAAACAAAUGAUAUCACAUGUUUUAGUGAUAUCAGAGACUUGUACAUAGGCUGAAUUCUAAUGAAUGGUUGUUCCACCCUCAAAGUGUCUCUUUAGAAUGGAAUAGUAUACUGGAAUUUAUAGUUCUUCAGUAUGCAAAGGUUACCUAUUCCUAGUGUAUAUACUAUAUUUGUCCUUGAGCCCAUUUACAUUGAGUUAAAGCAAAUGUGAAAAAAAAAAAAAAACACAGCCCUCACCCCACCCUGUACUAGGUACCUUGUGCUUAUACUUCACUCUACCUCCACUCUGAUCCCAACCACCACCACAAAAAUACCGGUAGAUAAGAAUUUGGGGCAGAACAGUACACGCUGUGUGCUUUCAAAAUGCAGAGCUUAGGACAUGAGCACAAUGAGCACACACGUUAAUAAAGUAGUUCCAAAAAUACAAUACAGUGUCUUGUAGUAGUUCAGAUUGAACGUGUUAGAUUUUGCUUUACAUAUAAUGGGAUUAUAAGCCUAUUCUCUCAGAAAGAAAAAAAAGGGGGGGGUUGUUGGAGGGGUAGUUUGAUUAUUCUAUAUUGUAUUAUUUGCGCUCAAGAUUUAAACUUGCCUCCGCCUUACCAGUUUUAGAAAAACUGUCUCUACUGUCUACCAGGUAUGCUUACUGACUAGUGUAAGAAAUAGCCAGACACAAAACGGUAAAAGUGACCUCUGGGGGGAAAAAAAGGGGCAUGACUUCAUGGUGUCUGUGGGGAAAAAUGUUCUCCAUUUCCAUAAGACAACCAAGUGGUUUUCAUUUUUGUUACUAAAAUGUUUGUUAAAGACAAGUUUUGUUUCGUUCAGCCUGGUGUGCAUUCAAAUAAGUACUGCUCUGCUUGCUGAAAACCCACCAUCAAACCCACAUGGGAUUCCUUAAAAAAUCUUCCAUGCUGUAAAUUUCUUCUUAUGAAUGCCUGAUCUGUGAAUAAUUAUCAGCAAAACAUUAAAUAUUUUAUACAAGUC